ACGUCAUCAAAAAAAUAAAAUAAAUAAAAAUCAUUAUUAUUGUUUAUAAAAUUAUUUUAAUUAUAUAUAUUUAACAUAUACCCCAAAUUAAAGAUUAUACCCGCCGCCGCCAUUGCACCUCCUUCUUCUUCUUCUUUUCUUCCUUCUUCGUUCUUUCGAAGGCUUUUCACCAGUGAGAAGUGGAAUGAUGUUUCGGAGCUGCUGUGCCGGCUCGUCCGCGGACAUGAGAUUCUCACCGGUUUCAUCUUCCUCUUCAUGUAAGUUUCCCACGCCCUACACCCUUUUGAUUUCGAUUCACUUGCGUAAAUACAGAAAGGAUUUACAAAACGCAAAGAGAACAACAAGUACUAGCAAAGAUGGAGGUUCUCCAGGGUUUAAGCUUCAGAGUAAUUCAACUAGUGUGGCCAAUACCGGCAAAACUAUGAAUAGAGGAAAAAGCAAGAAAUACGGAGGCAUUUUGCCGUCCGUUCUGCGUGAUUUGGAAUCCGAACAGGAUAUCGAAAACACACUAGAUAUGUAUUAUGGUAAUCUUAACCCUAAGGAGCAGACAGUGAUUCUCAAGGAGCAAAGGAGGUGGGAGAAGGUGGUUAGAAUUUUCGACUGGUUCAAGUCACAAAGGGAUUACAAUCCCAACGUUAUACACUACAACAUUGUGCUUAGGGCUUUGGGUAGAGCUCAAAAAUGGGAUGAAUUGAGGCUAUAUUGGAUUGAAAUGGCGCGAAAAGGAGUCGUGCCGACGAACAAUACAUAUGGGAUGCUUGUGGAUGUAUAUGGAAAGGCAGGGCUGGUGAAGGAGGCGCUUCUGUGGAUCAAACAUAUGAAGGUGAGGGGAAUGUAUCCGGAUGAAGUAACAAUGUCGACAGUCGUUAAGGUGUUGAAGGAUGCAAGGGAAUAUUGCAGGGCGGAUAGGUUCUAUAAAGAUUGGUGUGUUGGGAAGAUCGAAUUGGAUGGUCUUAAUUUAGAUAGCAUCAGCGACGGACAAGCUGUUACUCUGAAAGAGUUUUUGUCGACAGAGCUUUUUCGUACUGGGGGGAGGUCACAUGGUAGGGAUGAUGCUAAAGAUGCAGAGAGUUUCGUGGGAAAGCCGCGGCUUACCUCUACUUACAAUACUCUUAUAGACUUGUAUGGUAAGGCUGGUCGAUUGAAGGAAGCUGCGGAUGUUUUUGCUGAUAUGUUGAAGGAGGGUGUGGCACCGGAUGCUUUUACGUUCAACACGAUGAUUUUCAUUUGUGGUAGCCAUGGGGAUCUGUUGGAGGCCGAGGCUUUGCUUGAAAAAAUGGAAGAAAGGGGGAUUUCGCCCGAUACAAAGACAUACAACAUUUUUAUAUCUCUGUAUGUAGAUGCAGAGAACAUAGAUGCAGUUCUUCGGUGCUAUAGAAAGAUCCAAGAAGUAGGUCUUCGUCCCGAUGAUGUAACCCAUAGAGCUGUUCUUAAAAUAUUGAGUGAGAGAAAUAUGAUUCAGGAGGUCGAAGAUGUAGUUAGUGAAAUGGAGAAAUUAGGGAGGAGGAUUGACGAAAGCUCUCUUCCUCUUCUUGCUAGGAUGUAUGUUGAUGCAGGAAAUUUGAAGCGAUCGAAGCUUCUGGUUCACACAUUCCAACUGUAUGGAGAGCUUUCCUCGAAGACGUGUGCUGCUGUAAUGGAUGUAUAUGCAGAGAAGGGACAUUGGGCAGAAGCUGAGGCUUUGUUCGACGCAAAAAAGGAUGGCUGUGGGAAAAAGACAAAUGUUUUGGAGUACAAUGUAAUGAUCAAAGCUUAUGGUAAGGCAGGAAAGUACGACAAAGCUCUCUCACUUUUCCGCGGGAUGAGAAAUCAAGGGGUGUGGCCGGAUGAGUGCACAUUCAACUCAUUGAUCCAAAUGUUUGCCGGAGGGGACUUAGCAGACCAAGCGACAGAUAUUCUGGAUGAAAUGCAGGAAGCGGGAUUUAAGCCCAAGUGCUCGACAUUUUCUGCCGUGAUUGGUUGCUUGGGGAAGAACAAGAGGCUGCCCGAGGCAGUCGCUAUGUUCCAAGAAAUGUUGCGAGCAGAUGUAAAACCAAACGACGUUGUUUAUGGGUUGUUGAUCGAUGCCUUUGCAGAGGAGGGACAAUUCGAAGAAGUACAGCGCUAUUUUGAUGCAAUGGGAGACGCCGGGAUUCCAGCAAAUCGAAUAGUUCUAACUUCCAUGAUUAAGGCUUAUGGUAAAAUCGGACAUGUCGAAGGUGCAAAGCAGAUGUACGAGAAGAUGAAGAUGCUCGAUGGAGGCCCUGAUAUCGCGGCAUCAAACAGCAUGAUCAAGCUAUACGCCGAGUUGGGAAUGCUUUCGGAGGUGCAAAGGAUGUUUGAUUCUCUUCGGGAAAACGGCUCAGCUGAUGAGAUUACAUACACAACCAUGAUGUAUUUAUACAAAAACACGGGGAUGCUUAAAGAGGCGAUCGAAGUUGCAGACGAGUUGAAAAAUUCUAGUUUGCCAAAAGAUUGCAUGACUUACAACAAAUUAAUGACAUGCUACGCAGCGAACGGGCAGCUAGUCGAGUGCGGAGAAUUGCUACAUGAAAUGGUAAUGAAUCUAAAGCUUUCGCCGGACGAGGGUACCUUCAAAGCAAUGUUUACGAUAUUAAAGAAGGGAGGGAUCCCGAUAGAAGCAGUGAAGCAGCUAGAAUCAUCUUACGAGGAAGGUAAAUCGUUCGUCAAGCAAGCUGUGAUAACGUCUGUGUUCUCCGUAGUCGGUCUGCAUUCGUAUGCCUUGGAAGGUUGCGGAAUCUCUGGAAAGGGAAGUGGCGGAUUGGAUACCUCUGUCGUUUACAAUGCUGCGAUCCGCGCCUACACAGCUUAUGGGAAGAUUGACAAGGCCUUGAACAUGUUCAUGAAGAUGCAAGACGAGGGGAUCGAGCCGGAUGUUGUGACUAUGAUCAAUCUUGUCAAGUGUUACGGAAAAGCCGGCAUGCUUGAAGGCGUGAAGCGUGUGCACAGCCAGUUGAAGUACGGGGCGAUCCAAGGGAGUGAGUCUUUGUACAAGGCUGUCGCGGAUGCUUACAAGACUGUCAACAGGAAUGACCUUGCUCGAUUGGUUAUGCAAGAAAUGAAGUAUGGGCAAGAAUUCUCGGAUUCUGAAGGAGUUCAUCCAUCAUCCUGAAGGAGUUCGUACAUACAGAGAUGCUGCUCUGUAUAAGAAGUUGCUGCGAUCAAGUGACGGAAAUACAAGUUGCGAAUGAUGGUGAUGCCAUUAAAUUCCCAUUUGAAGGUUGAGAUUGUCUUUUCUUGCAGAAGACUUAUUGGUGUUGGUUGGGAGGAGGAGUUUAUGAAGCAAUGGAAUACUGGAGUUUAUUUCUCUCUUGAGGUUUCAGGAAAUAGCCGGGGCUUUGGAUUCUACACAAAGUGUUUCCCUUAUGGAUAUUACUUGAGAUUGUGCUGGAGCGAUGAUGUUUUUUUUUACUUUCUUGCUCUGACAAGUUUUCGCGCCUAUGUUUUACUACUUCUUUCAAGGUACUGUAAUUGGUUAUCGGCUGGUUGAAUGCUCGCAAGAAUGGCGAUGCAAAUGGCAAUUUUUGGAACUGAAUGGGCCAUGUCUGCUGCCCCUGAUGAUCUUCUUUGGGUAUGUAUUUAUCAUCCAGGCUAUUACCUUCUUUACCUUAGACAAAUUUGAUAAUUUACCUGGUUAAAGGUUUGUCUGCGUUUGUAGAGGAAUCAUGCAAGGAUAGUUCAAGAUAUUUGUUGUAGUAAAUCAUUCUUAAGGUCCAGUGAAACCUAAUAUAGGAGUAUUAUUUUAGUCGUAAAUUUUUAUGGUACACUUUUUUCCCUAAUGAUCUUGGUAAAUUAGAUCUAGGAGUUUAUAUGAGCUCAGUAUAAAGUUAUCUGGUUUAAACUGAACUAUAGU